AUGGGUAACAGCGCCAGCACGCCGUCAACGCCGAGUGUCCCGGCCACUUCGAGGCUCACUCCGCCAGCCGGCAGCAUUACUGUGUGCACAACAGGAGAGUGCGACUGGCCCACGAUCUCUUCGGCUGUGAACAGCAUCUCCAACACGUCCACAGACCCGACCACCAUUUUUGUGUAUAAUGGCACGUACACAGAACAAGUCUAUCUGCCCCCCAAGGCUGCCAAGGUCACCAUUUAUGGACAGACCGCAGACAUUACCAGCUACCUCGGCAACACUGUGACUCUUCAGUACAACUCUUCCCUGGCCGUUGCGCCAAACGACGAGUGGACCGCUCCUUUGAUCAACGAGUCGCCCAACACUGCAGUUUACAACCUUGACAUCCGCAACCUCUGGGGCGAGGGCUACCAGGCAAUCGCCUUGUCCGCCUACAACACCAGCCAAGGGUACUAUGGCCUGGGCAUUUACGGCUCCCAGGACACCCUGCUCGCCGAGGUGGGCAACCAAUUCUACGCCAACAGCUACAUCGAAGGCAUGACGGACUUUAUCUUCGGCGAGCACGCACGCGCCUGGAUCACAAACUCGACCAUCGCUAGCAACGGCUACGGCUGGAUCACCGCCAGCGGGAGGGUCGAUGACGCCGACCCAAGUUGGUACGUGAUUACCGACAGCGUAGUCACGGUCGCCGAGGGUGCCGAUGUCGAGGAUGGCAGCGUCUUCCUCGGCCGGCCCUGGAGGAACUACGCUCGGGUCACGUUCCAGCGCUGCGACCUGUCGAGCCACAUCAACGAGACGGGCUGGGCAGAGUGGACAGAGAGCGAGCCUCAGACUGACCAUGUCACUUUCGAAGAGUGGGACAACACCGGCUCAGGGUCGGACACGACUGACCGAGUUGACUACUCCACCGUCAGAAACUCGCCACUGCCAAUUGAAUUUAUCCUGGGCUCCGACUAUAGGGACUGGGUGGACAAGCUGUAUCUGCCUUCCGAGUAA